AUGGGACAAUCAUCAACAACUUGUGAGAAUGAUGAACAUCAUUUGGGAAUGUUAGACGAUGACUAUGAACCACAAACAACAAGUAAGAAACAUAGAGGUAGCACAAAGAAUAGUGGUGGCAGAAAGGAGUUAACAACUCAAACUAAAAUGUCAUCAGACGAGCAAAAACCAAUACAAGCCAUCAAUGAAAGAAUCAAAUGGCCAAAUGAAAAUUUAUGGAGGGAUAAACUGGUAGAUUCUGCCUAUAAAGUAUCAAAGAACAAUAGAUCAAAUACUAAAACUGAUCAAUUAUUUACUCUACCAACAGAAUUAAUUGCUUCAUCUAUUUGUCAAUUUUUGGAUAUUAGAAGUGUAAUAUAUUUAAUGCGAGGAACUAAUAGAAAGAUAUAUAAGGAUUUACAAGAUAAUUUAACUCACUUUUUCUUUGUUCCAAUGGUGAUUGAUGAGGAUGGUGAUGGCGAAUUAGAUGAUAGUUACUUCCCAGAAGACCACAAAAAACCAAAACAACAAACUCAAGAAAAGCCAAAAAUAAUCUUUCCACCAAAACAUGCUUUUUCAUGGUAUUGGGAACCUAUUCUUGCCACAUUUCCAAAACUUACUAUAGUUCAAAUUCCUCAACUGUAUAUUUUAAAUCAACAUUUUGAUGUGAGAGGUGACCUGUCUCCACUAACGAGCUUGAAAUUAAUUAAUAAUAGAUGUUUGGAGCAUAAAUUUUUGGAAAGAUUUCCACAAUAUGGUAAGAUUAUUGUAACGAAUGAUGAUAAGGAUGCCUUUUCUGCAAAUCCAAGAUUUAUUGAUAGUUAUAGAAAUGUUCACACACUUCAAUUAAGCUGUGUUAAAAAUAUUGAUAACGAGACUAUGAACAGAUUUUUGGGUCAUUUCCCUAAUCUGAAAUCAUUAUACAUAUCCACAUGUCAGUUCACCAAUGCUGUUUAUACACCACCAACAAGAAAGGGAGAGUUUAUCAAAGAUCCAAACUGUGUUAUUGAUUUCACUGGUUUGAGCUCACCUUACUUGGAAGAACUGACUGUUUUAUGUAUAGAAAGCAUGUACGAUGUUUCUUCAUUGAUAGAGAACAGCUCCAAACUUAUUAGAUUCAGAUUUAGCUCUACUAGUAAUGUACUUUUGGCAGACAAAUUAGAAUCGCUAUGUGUUUCGAGACAAAACCAGUUGAGUUUAUAUAAUUAA